GAAAAAGGAAGAGAAGAAAAAACUAUAUAUAAAGCCUUCGAUUUUGCAACGUGGCUAUCCUCAUUCGUUCACUAUACGAUUUAUUGCAAACUCUUUUUCUUUUUCUCUUUUUCUUUAAGCCAAUUCUAAUCUUUUACGCUACUAUACAACCAUGUCUGACGGACGAUGCAUUCACUGCGGCCAAAAGGGUCAUUACUCCAUGAUGUGCCCGAAAAAGCCAAACUCCUCUUCUUAGUCAAACCAAUUCGCCAUGACAAAACCUGUUGGCCAUGUAACUUGGUAUCAAUUUCCAGCCUUCGCUGACUGGGAGAUCUUCUUUUUCCAACGACGCAAGAUCGAUGCAAGCCCCCCAUGCGUUUUCACUCUCUUGUGGCCGACGAGGACAACUUCACCAACAACACCCUUCUUAUCACGACGACAACAACAAUCAUCUCCUUUCUCCACCUUAUACGACGACGACCUUUCUUCUUUUUCUAUCCAUUCAACAAUACCAACCAUUAUAGACGAGCAGGCGCUCACCAAACAAUUCAAUCACGCAUACUCCUCAAUCAAGAUAUAUACUUACAUACAAACAUCAACCAUAUACAAACACAACACACACACAAGCAACAUGGCAGGCCGGCCCACUAUUAUCUUUUUAUAUACUUUCUUCAUAAUCUUUCCACACAUUUCUUCACAAUAAUUUCACAUCUAUGCAUAUUACACUAUCAUCACCACUUUCUAAUAUGUCCAUAUACAAGUGAUCCUGUAAAAGUAACCCCACUUGUCUCUCACUCCAUAUAUAUGUAAUACCUCUUUUUUUCAUCCUCCAUAAUACUACUACUACUACUACUAUCAUGUCAUCUUUUGUGUCAUUUGCUUAUGUACUAGAUGCAUUUACUCUUAAAUGUUACAUUACAUACUCAAACACAUUUAAUUAAAACUACUACUUUACUCAUUUUUUCAACUGAUGAUAACAAC